CCUUAGUUAGUGGGAGGGAGCAUCCAGGAGUGGCUGCUGGCAUGAAUGAGGCUGAAAUUCUAGUGUGGAAAGCCUCAAAGUGGAAUACUACUGCGGUCUCCAGGCAACGGCCUUGACGCAACCAAAGAAGAGGUCUCCUUGAAUAAGAAAGCAAUGCACACCCAUUUUCCAAAAGCCAGACAGACACAGACACUAACCUGGAGAUAGGAAGAGAGGGAGGGAGGCAUGCAGCAUCCCUCAAUUACAGCUCUGCAAGGGGUCCAGUUGGAAAACCCAGUCAAGAAUCACAUCCCCAGGAUAUGAAUGCGGAAGCCCUUCCAUCUGUGCAAAGAGUGGUGGUCGCUUACUUUUCGAAAAGGAAUGUCUUGAACUGAGUGGUUCCCCAGGGUGCGGCGCUUGGCUUCCGAGCAGCGGUUCCUCAUCCGGAUGGCGUGUCGCUUGCAUCUCCUCCGUCCACCUUUCCGUGGAUGUUGAUGCCACUCUGCCAGAAAGAGAGAUGUCUGUUCAAAAAAUCCAGGUCGAAGGAAUGCUGGACGGUGCGGAUUAUGAGAACGGUGCUGGCCCACCGUCCGACGACCACUUAAGGAACCUGAAAGCUCUGACCCAGAAGCUGAGGCUGGAAACGCGGAGGCCUUCCUACCUGGAGUGGAAAGCCCAGUUGGAGGGUCUGGCUUGGAAGAGCCACCCCAAACCCACCGAGGAGGAAGACGAGGAAGGCCAGGAUGAGAAACCAAAGGAGGAACGCAUUCCCGUACGAGAGGUGCGCCACAUUCAUCGUAUCAACGGGGCAUCCUCCGCCCAGCAAGUCCUGUUGGCCCCAGGGAAAAUCAGCAGCUUUGGAAAUAUCGAUGAAGCUUUGAAUUGGCUCAGGAAAGAACUGAUGGAAAUGCGUCUCCAGGACCAGCAACUGGCCCGGCAGCUGAUGCGCUUGCGGAGCGACAUCAACAAGCUGAAGAUCGAGCAGACCUGCCACCUCCACCGGCGCAUGCUCAACGACGCCACGUACGAGAUGGAAGAGAGGGACGAGCUCUCCGACCUUCUCUGCGACUUCCCCCUCACGUCCUCCUUCAGCUUGUCUGCCCCACUCAAGCUCAUUGGGGUGACCAAAAUGAACAUCAACUCUCGCCGGUUCUCACUCUGUUAGGAGGAAGUGGGGAGUGGACACAGGCAGUAGGUAUGGUGGCCAAAGUUCUCCAGAAGCAGAAAAGGAGAUGUCUCUGCUUUCCUUUUCUUUUUUAGGGAGAGAUACAUAGGGGAGGAGGAGAAGCAAGAAACAGAGGGACUAAGCAUAUAGUAUUGCUGCACUGCAGUGGUAGUCAAGAUCAUGUCCUAUUUUGACAUGGUGGGUACUAAAAAGAACACCAUGAGUGAACUGAAUGCCACCAUCCACCUUAACAAGGAGAUAACAACAAGAAAUGUAAGAUAUACUUAGGCAUACUUAGGAUGGUUAACAGCUGACUUGAUAGGAAUCUGUCUCUUAGGGAGCUUGGAGUCUCAACAGACCACAAGUUGAGCAUGAGUCAACGGUGUGAAAACAUGACUCACUAGAAAUGAUAAUACAGCUUGAUAUGGUAGAAAAAUAGAGGGAGACCACACAACAAAUGGAUUGAUUCAACCUAGGAAGUUAAGGUGUAUGAUGGAUGAUACCUGGCUUGAAAACAGUCCAUGUCAAAGGGAUCUAGAAGUCUUAGUAGAUCACAAGCUGAACAUGAAUGAACAAUGUGAUGUGGCAGCUGAAAAAACCAAUGUGAUUCUAGGCUACAUCAAUAGGAAGAUAGUGUCUAGAUUCAGUGAAGUAAUAGUCCCACUCUAUUCUGCUUUGGUGACACCUCACCUGGAAUAGUAUGUCCAGUUCUGGGAACCACAGUUCAAGAAAGAGGUGGACAAUCUAGAACAUGUCCAGAUAAGGGUUCUGCAAAUCAUGAAUCGCUUGGAGUAGCAGCUUAGGGAAUGGGCUAUAUUUAGUCUAUAGAAGAGAAACAUACGAAGGGGCAUGAUAAUAAUGGUUAAAUAUUUGAAAGGAUGCCAUGUUGAAGAGGGCCAAGCUUGUUUUCUGCUGCUCCAGAGUCAUAUUUGGAGCUGAAGAGGAAAUUCCACCUAAACAUUAGGAAGAACUUCAUAAUGGUAAGAGCUGUUUGAUGGUGGAAGACAGUGACUGGGAGAAUGGUGGUUAUUAAACACAGCCUGGAUGGCCAUCUUUUGGGGAUGCUUGUUUUGUGUGAGCCUCCAUGGCAGAAUGGGGUUGGACUGGAUGGCCUUUGGGAGUCUCUUCCAAUUCUAUAAUUCCAUGAUUUGCGGUCAGAAAAAUGUCCUGUGGUUGGAAUUUGGGCUUGAAGAAUGAAUCACAAUGGAGGGCGGGACAAGAAGAAACAGUGCCAUGGCAAGGAAACAGGCAGAGGAUGAUCAAUCUGCUCCAUUGAGAUCCAAUAGAAAGUAGGAACCAUUCAGGAUGUACAUCCAGGGUGGAGAAAGCGCAAACCCAGUACAAUAUUUUCAUUUUCCCCCUAGUACGCCAAUAUCACUCACAUCGGGUACAGAAUUUCACCAAGUUCCCUUCACUGAUCUGUUGGUGGCCAUGAAAACUCCUCUUUUCCAAUAGGAAUUAAACUUCUGAGAAUUCCUCUUGAGAAUUAGACCUAAAAUGAUUCAGAGACAGUCAUAAAUGUGGGAAAAUUACCGGAGGGGGAGCAUUUGAGGCCAACCAAACCUUCAUUUUUUGCAUCUGUGGAAUGCUCAAUUAUCACCUAAAAGUGUAACGUGGUCACAUACGCCUCUACAGUUGCCCAGAGUUGGUGCAGAGUGUUAAAACUUAGCCAAUUGUAUUGUACAGGAUGAAGCAGGUGUCUUCAGGUGUUAGCUAAAGGAUACAAUUGAGUUUUAGAUCUAUGACCCAGAUAACCUCCAACUGUGCCUAACUGACAGGGACAGACCCAGUUAAUCUUCUGUGGUUACACUUUUUAGCGGCUUUUAAAAUGUCCCAGUUUCUCUUCCCACUCCUACUUUUAUCCUGAGCUUAUUUCAGUUGUUACAAAAGUAAUGUGCAUUCAGGUAGUAGAGAGGAGAGGAGAAAUGGGUAAAAUCUCAACCCUCCCAGUCAAUUUAGGCAAAAGCAACCUGCUGCAAACUCUCUGAACUUGUCUGUUCUUGGUAAAUAACUUUCCCCAUCAUAAUUAUACUAUGAAGUUGCUCAAUCAACAUAGCAAGGUUUGGCAGGUAAAAAGGUAAAGACGCUCUAUAGUUGUGUAGUCUGAAAGCUCUACCAAAGUUGCCACCCUUGAUAAAGAUCACGACCUAUAUCUCCCCAUUGCAAUUCACCCCACACACAGAUUGGCAUCCUCAAGUAAUUCUUAGUCGCUGCCUUGAUUAUGUUUAUGGUAGAAACGUUCCUCGAUCCAAGCCAGGUUUGUAACAGUGUUCAUGGGCUCUUUCCACACUGAACAAUUGAAGACCUUUGCGCAGUUCACAUACUCUCGACCCCAGAAAACCUCAUGAUGGUGUCUCCUUAGGAUUGCCAUAGGUUGGACAUGACUUGAAGGCACUGGAAAUCUAAAUCAGAUAAUUUUAGUGCCUUACGAAACAAGCUCUUAGAUUCAUAGGAUGUAGCUAUGACAGCUGAAGUGGAAUCAAAGUAGUAUACAUGUGUAGUGUGGAAGGUUCCAUGGUCCAAGUCUAGAGAAUCCAUCCUAAGUUUUCUGUUAGAUAUAUUAGAUAGGAACCAAGCAAAAUGAAACCUUUCCAAACCCUUCAACUGCCCAGUUUGGCACAAAAGUCCUGAUUAACCCACUAUCAUCCCACUAUUCCAACUGCUUUUCUCUUGAACUUCUGCCUUGAGUCUCAGCUUACUUCAAUUGCAGCAAACAGAAUUCAGAACUGACAUACGAGGGUUGAAUGAAAAGUAAUGCCUCCACCUUCGUAACUCCUCAACAGAUGGCAGUACUGGUCUGCGACAGGUCCUGGCUUGUUCAGGAGACUCUCCUCUACAGUUCCAUUUGGUGGGAAGCCUUAGCAUUGAAUAGUUGUGUUGUUAAAGGGCGAAGUAUGAAACCCUGCGCAGUCGGUUGGUCAAUGCAACUUAAGCAACGUGCAGUUAUUGAAUUCUUGACAGCAGAAGGUGUCACCCCAAAGGAGAUUAAUCAGGGAAUGCAAGCUGUUGAUGGGGAUUGUGUUCAUGUGAGUACUGUGCAUCGUUGGGUGAGUAAGUUUAAAGAUGUUGAGGUGGGAAUAUAUGACGUGUGAAAACUGAAGAGUUGGACGUCCUGUGACAGCAACCACUGAGUUUCACAAGCAAAAGGUUGACAGAUUGAUUCAGGUCGCUCGUCGUAUCAGAGGGAAACUUCAAGCAUAAUCAGCAUUUCACAAGAACGUGUGGGUCACAUUAUUGCUUUGCUUGGCUGUCGGAAGAUCUGUGCACAAUAGGUACUGUGAGACGCUGGUUGCGGAAACAGAGUGUCAACUUCUUCCGUGACGGCUUCAGAAAACAUGUUCAUCGUUGGCAGAAAUGUAUCCAAUUGUCUGGUGAUGAUGUGGGAAAGUGAAUAGUGGUAGUUAAAAGAGCACAUUCUAAGGAUUAUUUCUGUGUUUGAUUUAUUAAAAUAUUCCCAUGCAAACCCAAGUAACGAAAGUGGAGGCAUUACUUUUCAUUCAACCCUCAUAAUUUCCUCUGUUCAACAAGAGGAUAAGAAAGGAGGGGAUGGGGCCUUGCCCUUCGCAUUGCUUCUCAGCCAUUACUAUUUCCAUGUUUUGGACUUCGGCUCCCAAAAUAGCCAUUAGCCAAGUUGGGGAGUUGAAAUCAAAAAGUUCUCGACAACCAAAGUUUGAGAAUGACUGUUCUAAAUCAUCUGCAUUAUGAUGGAAGAAGUCCAGGCCUCUAUACACAAUACUUCCUUUUACAACCUCCUCACAAAUUAGAUCUUUUUGACUGUGGCCGUGUUAGCAAUGCCUGCUCCUGACUUUUAGGUGCCUGCAAGAUGGUACCACCUCGAAGAUAAUAUUUGAAUCUAGCCCCCAAGUUCCCAUUGCAAUGAUUCUCCUUAUCUUUUGCAUCACAUGUAGCGUAUUACUCUGGCAUCAUUUGCUUUGCAGAAAUGUUGGUACGGCUAAUACCGUUUGUGCAUUUGGAAACUCUUUGAAGAAAGAAAUCAAGGCAAAUAGGUCUAUUGUUUGUACAAGUGAUACAUUUGUACGCAGAGAAUGCUUGGUAUCUGUUGACAUAUUUGUGGGAUGUGGGGUUUUUAAAAAUAUUAUUUUUUAUUAUUACUACAGACGUUUUUGUCUUUCCAUCUUGUCUCUUGCUCUGUGUGAGUUUGUUUUUGUAUCCGUGGAUGAAAAGGUGAUAACGGAAAUGGAAAAUUCAAUAAACAUUU